CCAUCCUUUGCCAACAACGCGUAUAGACACUUUCAGCUCUGGGACUUCGCGUUCCCGCCGCUCAUUCUCUCUCCUUUUCUUCUUCUUCCUCUUCUCUCUCCGUGUAUGUGUCUGUAAUCAGGGAUUAUCUCCCUAAGCAUCUCUCCAUCAAGAAAGCUAAAAAGGCCUCUCUUUCUCUUACAGAAGCAAGAGAGUUCUUAGUUUAAUGGCAAAAUCGAAGUACAAUGCACAAAAAGUUUCUUAUAUUUCUGUUCCAUCGCAAGUAAUCAACACUUUAUCUUCUUCUUCUCUGCAGACUCUGCUUCUAUCGCCAAAGAAACCAUCAAGGAACAGGUUCUUAAGCUGUAGUUCAUAUAAGAACCCAAGAGUUUGGUUCUUUGCUCUGUUUCUAUUUGGUUUUCUUCGUAUGCUCAAGUUAUGUUUCGAUCUUGACCCUUUGGUACCUUUCUAUCCAUAUCCAUGCGUCACAAGUCAAACUCAGGAGAAAUCAAGAUCACAGCUUGUUUUCCCUUCAGAUGGUGUAGAACAUGGCCAAAAAGACCAAGAGGCUGCGCCUUUUAACGAUCUGGGGUCAAAAUCUGAGGUGGGUUCGGCUUCAAACAAUGAAAAAAGUAGUGAAAGCGCUGCCAAAGACGAGUAUUUGAAGAGUAUUGUUAAAUCUAAGCCCCUAACAUCAAAUAGAUAUGGAAAAUCAAAUGGGGACGGAAAGGGGAGUGAGUUCUGGAAGCAGCCUGAUGGAUUGGGUUAUAAGCCAUGUUUGGACUUCAGUUCGGGGUAUAGGAGAGGGAGUGAGGCGAUAGUGAAGAAUAGGAGAAAGUAUUUACUAGUGGUGGUUUCUGGUGGUAUGAAUCAGCAGAGGAAUCAAAUUGUGGAUGCUGUGGUGAUUGCAAGGAUCCUUGGAGCUGCUUUGGUUGUUCCUAUCCUGCAAGUCAAUGUCAUAUGGGGAGACGAAAGUGAAUUUUCUGAUAUAUUUGACCUGGAGCAUUUUAAGCGAGUUCUAGCUAAUGACGUGAGGAUAGUUUCAUCAUUGCCAUCCACACAUAUAAUGAAAAGGGCAGUGGAGGAAAAACGAACUCCUCUACAUGUAUCUCCUCAAUGGAUCCGUGCACGCUAUCUCAAGCCACUUAAUCGGGAAGGGGUUUUGCUUUUGCGUGGUUUGGAUUCAAGGCUCUCUAAAGAUCUUCCUUCUGAUCUUCAGAAACUUCGUUGCAAGGUGGCAUUUCAUGCAUUGAGGUUUGCUCCAUCAAUUAUGCAGCUUGGUAACAGACUUGCAGAGAGGAUGCGGAGCAAGGGACCCUAUCUUGCUCUUCAUCUACGGAUGGAGAAGGAUGUAUGGGUGAGGACAGGGUGCCUUCCUGGUUUGAGUCCCAAAUAUGAUGAGAUGAUCAACAAUGAAAGAAAACGAAGGCCUGAACUCCUUACUGGAAGAUCAAAUAUGACUUACCAUGAUAGAAAACUUGCUGGUCUCUGCCCCUUGAAUGCCUUGGAGGUGACAAGGCUGCUUAAAGCUCUUGGGGCUCCAAAAGAUGCAAGAAUAUAUUGGGCUGGAGGGCAGCCACUUGGUGGUAAAGAAGCUUUGUUGCCAUUAACCAUUGAAUUUCCUCAUUUCUACAAUAAGGAAGAUUUGGCCUUGCCUGGUGAACUAGAACCAUUUGCAAACAGGGCUUCCUUGAUGGCUGCCAUUGACUAUGUAGUAUCAGAACAGAGUGAUGUUUUCAUGCCAUCUCAUGGUGGAAAUAUGGGUCAUGCAAUCCAGGGACAACGGGCAUAUGCAGGGCACAAGAAAUAUAUCACCCCUAACAAAAGACACAUGCUUCCUUAUUUUCUUAAUUCCUCUGUCCCUGAAGCAGAGUUCAAUAGAAUCAUAAAGGACUUGCACCGUGAUUCCUUGGGGCAACCAGAACUGAGGAAUAGCAAAGCUGGAAGAGAUGUCACAAAGUAUCCAGUUCCUGAAUGUAUGUGCAAGGAUUCACAUACUCGUUCCUCCAUGUGAUCAAGUGCAAAAGAUUGCCAACAUAGAGAUCAGAAUGCAACAGAUUGCUUCAUUCUGAAAAUUGGCAUUUCAUCAAUGAAAUCCCUUGAAUCUGAGCUGUCUUGGAUGUGAUGCUUACAAUAUUCCAGGCAAUGAUGGUUUUAAGGAGCACCAUUUUUGAAGCGCAGGCACGGCAGGUGUGCUUUCCUUGCAAGUAAACUCAUUAUCUAUCCUUACGUAUAUGUAUGUACUGUACAUGAGAGGUAUUAUAGGUAUAUUUAGAGAAAAGAUAUAUUAUACUGAGGCAUUUUUUUAAUUCUUUACAGUUCAUAGGCCAAUUUUCUCCUUCAGCAUAGAUUUUUCUUUUUUACCAAAUUCAUUGUUUGUACUAAAUCUAUGUACCACAGAUCCAUACGGGUAUAUGUAAAAUAAAUAAGUUCCAUUCAUAUUCUAUCUGAUGGAAAGUUCAUGUUA